AUGCCAUGUUUCUUGUUUUCGGGCAUUGCCGCUAACAUUGACUAUGAAGUGUUAAUACGACUUUGGCCUAUACCUACUUUUUAUCUUGCCUUCAUAACAAUUAGUGGUAUUCUCGGUGUAUUUGGAGGGAAAUUAUUAAACUUGUCUAUUUCAGACACAAAGUUCGUAAUGACUGGUAUCAUGUUUAAUGAUAUAGUAACCCUUUCGCUGAGUAUAUUAAGAAGUAUGAGUCAUACUAGUGCAAUGCAAAUUUUAUCUUGGGGAGAUGAUGAUACACCUUUUAAUUCGGUUAAGAGGGGAACUUCUUAUAUAUUGUUAUCCUCUCUCAUUGGUAACUUGCUGCGGUGGAGUUUAGGUGCAUUUUUGCUUAGAAAAAAAGGUUUAUCUGAAGAAAUCCCAUAUUUAGGGACAAGGGCUAUGCCAGACAGAAAGCUGCAGUCAUUAUUUAGAAGGGUUGUCAAGGCUGUCCGUGGUAUAUUGAAUCCACCGCUAUGUGCUGCGAUAUUUGCUUUGGUUGUUGGCACAGUUCCUUCUUUCAAAUUUAUUUUCUUUAACGAAAGUUCGCCACUUGUUAUAAUAACAAAAAUUACGGAAUAUGUUGGGUCUAUUGCUGUGCCAUUGACCCUCGUUACACUCGGUGCUCAUUUAAAGAAUUUUCCACGUGCGAAAAGUCAAAAAAUACUACCAAUCGUCUUUUAUAUAAUGUCUUGUAGAUUUAUAAUAAUGCCAAUAAUUGGUAUAGUUACGGUUUUAUUAACGAGAUCAUGGUAUAUGAAUGAUCCAAUGUUAUGGUUUGUUCUAAUGUUAUUUGCAAGUGGUCCAACUGCUGUCAAUUGUAUGAACUUGGUGCAAUUAACCAACACUUUUAAAGAAGAGAUGGCUACUUUGUUGUUUUAUUCUUAUAUCACAGUAGUUCCUAUGAUUACUUUUCUUUUAAUGGGCCUGUUAUUUAUGAUUGAUAAAACGUUAUAG